GCAGCAGCAGGCGGCAGCGAAGCCUCCGAAGUGGUGGCCUCCCCUUGGCGCGGCGGCGUCGGCAACGUCGGCGUCGCGUCCGCCGCAGCCUGCGAGCUGCCUUCCCCCUCGCCGCCUCCCGUGGUGCGCUCCCUCUCCCGCCGGUCCGCGGCUCGUGGCGCAUUAAACCGGUCGGCCAUCUGGCUCGUCCGCUAGAUGGCAGCAGCCGUAGUCGCCGCCGCCGCUGCCACUACCAGGGUGGUGCUACAAUACGGGGGUGGCGCGAGGCACAGGUGUUGCUGGCGGGCGAGUCUACCGGGGAGCCGCGGGCGACGAGGCAUUUUUUCGACGCGCCUACGAGUCGUGCCCGCCGUCUCAUAUGUGCGGUCCGAGUGGUGCAGCGGGGCGCUUCGCUGCUGGUCGUGCCGCUUCCACGACGACGACGACCAGACUCGCCAGCCAAGGUCAUGCCGGAUGGCAACAUGGACACUGGCAGCAACAACAGUGAUGCUGGGGAUGCUCCAAAGCACGUCUGUGGGCUCUGUUGGACUUCAUUCAGUAGUCCGACAGAGCUGCAGCAACACUGUCUGGAGUGCUUUUCUGAGGACUACGCCUCCAAGGACUCUGAAGACGAGCCAGCCUUGGACAAAACCAAAGACGACGAAGCGAAUUGCGAUGCCAGCCCGCAGCCAGAUCUAGGGGAUGACGUGGCAGACUGCGAUGAAAACGUCCCAGCCAGGGAGGACUCACCUUCCACCAGUUCAUUACCAGACGGUAAAACCCUGCAUUUAUGUAAGCUUUGUCCUAAGACUUUCACCAAUUAUGGCAGCUACCGUCGCCAUCUGCGAAUGCACUCCUGCGGCCAUAGGUACACCUGCGACAUCUGCGGGAAGCAGUUUUUCAGGCGCUACCUAUGGAUCAAGCACUAUGAAAAGAUACACAACAGCAUGAUGCAAAACAUGUGCCAAUGUACUGUCUGUGAGAUGUGGCUGAAGAACAGCGACACCCUGAAGGAGCACAUUCGUACAAAGCACCGGUACACCACAAAUCCGGCCCCAGAAAUGACUGCAGACCAGAUCAAAGGUGCAGAGACAAUCGUGCUUGACUCACUUUCCUUGAAACCAAUUGAGGAAGACACAGAUGUGACCAUGCCCGAGUCUGACCAGGCAGGGGAUGGCAGCAAGAGUGUGAAUGGGGCGAGCCACCAGUGGAUGUGUAACCUGUGCCCUGACGUGUUUGGUGCAAAAGCCCAGCUGAUGAAGCACAAGGAGGACAAGCAUGGAAGAAAGCGUGUCUGGGCACCUAGUGCCCCCACGCCCGACUUGGAAGACAAUAAGCGUUUGAGAAUCGAGGAUGUGGCCAAAGAGGUGUUUCAGGGAAUGUUGUCAGAGUUUAGUCUCAAGGGAAUGCUCUCCACUGACGCACAGAAGGUGAGAAAAGAAACAAAGAGUCCCGUCCUUGAGCCUGUUGCCACAGCCAUCUUCAGCCCGACUUUCGCAGGAUCGGGGCUGUGUGAUCCCACCAAGAGGGGUGUCUUCCUAUGCGAGGUUUGCAAAAAGACCUUCAUCAACCGCAGCAGCUACCUACGACAUAAGAAGAUGCACACAGGCGUGCGCCCCUACACGUGUGAAAACUGCUGCAUGAGCUUCUUUCGCUCUGAGUCAUUGACCACCCACAAGAAGAAGCACUUUUCCGGUGAUCAGUUCAAGUGCUUCGUUUGUGGGCACAUUGCCGAGUCUGCUUCCGAUCUGUCUUCCCAUUUUCUGGCUUCUCACUCUAAGCUUCCCGAAGAAUAUGACAAGGACACGGUUGUGCGCUCUAAGCGCGGGAGGCCUUCCAAGUACAUGACGUUACCACAGCCUGUCUGUGGCAUGACGGCUCAGAAGACUGCCGACGAAUUGCCUGAAAAGAAAUUUGACUUUGGAAAUCAAGAUUGUGAUGGCAACUCUGACGACACUGUCCUGGUAGGCCUCAAUGGGGAUGGGGACUCCCUCAACUCUGCUGCAGACAAGUACACAUGCCUGGUAUGCUUCCAGUUCUUCCCGGAUGAACAGUCUUACUACGACCAUCAGUGCAAGGACGAAACAGAUGCGACCGCCAGGGGUCUUCAGCAAGGCAAGGAUUCUUCUAGUCAGGAUGAAAGGGAGGGCAGUACAACUUUUCGUAAUGUGCCCCACACUUUUCUGUCCCUGGAGACGUGCAGCCUGUGCUAUGCAAAGUUCCCUACGAAAAAACACCUUCAAGAGCACAUGGUCAUACACAUCUGCAGCUAUUGCGGCCGGUGCUUCAAAGAGCAAAGUGAGCUGGGUGAGCACAUCACGUCCGCCCACGAAGAAGUUGUGCAGCCUCAGAAUCAUGUCUGCUGUUGUUGUGACCUUACACUAGAGGAUGGAAGUGCUCUGGUAGAGCAUGUAUUAAAGGACCACAGUGCCAUGCUUCCAAAUGUUGACAUAUCACCGCAUGAGUCAGGUCGGAGAAGCGUCGACCUUGAGAACCAUGCUUCAAUCAAAACAGGUACAGAUAAUCAGAGUAGAGCUCAGAGGGAGGAUGCAUAUAAGUGCGGAUGGUGCAAGGAAACUUUUUUAGAGUUAAAGUCAAUGAUGCUCCAUUUUCGUGAGGUCCACAGCGUUAUCAACAUUGCGGGUGAUGCUGGAGUGUACACCGCUGGCUCUCGGACCGGUUUACCGGGAGCUAUUGGACGGUGCUGCCUCAAGUGUUGCCAGCCCCUUACAGAUUCUCUGCAUGUCUGCCGUGUAAAGCCACUUUGUAACUUGUGCUUACGCACAUUUGACGACCCUUUGGAGGCUCAGGCACAUCAAGGGGAGAAUCACCUGCUUGUGGACUGGUUCUGCUGUGAUGCAUGCGAUGCUAGUGGUCCUCGUGAUGUCAUGGAGAAACAUGUCCUGUCUCACCUCUCAAAAGUUGGGAACCUCGUCAUUCCCGAAGGUCCCUCUGCCACUCAGAAGCUUUCUCUUGGAACCUCCGAGCCUUUCCACAACGUGCGUGAGGCCUUUCUAAGCUGGUGCCGAAAUGGAUCUUCCCGAGCUCAAGAAGCAAAGCACAGUUCCAGUCCGUCUAACGGAGAGCCCCCAAGGUCAAUUCCUGAAAAGAGAGUGAAAACCAGGAGUGAGAUCUUAAUCGAAGAGGCCCAGCGGGGCUUUCUCCCACCGCAGUGCAGGCAGGAAGCGGUAGGGAACGGAGACAAUGAUCGCCACGUCUCCAAAGACAUCAUCGACCUGUUGCCCAAGAAUGGCGAGAUCACAAUGAUCCCAAUCAAAGCCGAGAACCCCUCCCACGAUGGCAGCACGGAGCCAUACUCUCAGCUUCGGUCUGCGCUCACCACAACCAGGAAACAAGACUUCUCAACGUGCGACCGCAACGGCAACAUCCUCAAGGCCUUGCUUGGUGAAAAGAAGUCUGUUGGCAGCUACACCGACCUCCAGUGGGACAAAGAUGCCAGGGCCGUCACUCCUGCGAGCAACUCGGAGAGUGAAGGCCCGGCAUCGGCGAUGGAGAGGCCUUGGUACGAGUAUGAGUCGAAGGGCUCCCCACCAAGCGAUCAGGGUAGCUCCCUGGUGGUCCUCAAGUGCGACGACUGCAAGCGCCUGUUCACCCACUACAGCAGUUGGAAGCGCCAUCGUAGGCAGCACUUGGGGCUGAGCACACACAGCUGCGACGAAUGUCAGCGCAUCUUCUACCGGAAAGAUCAGUACGACAAGCAUGUGAGGUCCCACAAGAAGGGUGCCGAGGUUUAAGACUUUCGAUUUGUAUUUAUUUGCCAUUCUGCUCCAGACAGACCCAGUUCACAAGAAUAGUGGGAAUGUGAUGUUGCCACCCAAUGCCACAUGGAGACGUUAGUUUCUUCGAAGAUGGAGAAGGUGCUGCGUGAAGUGCUAGGUUUCUCGACCUUGAACUCGCCUUGAGCUGACUGAGCGCCAGCCUUUACGAUUUUCUCUUCCCACGGGAAGCUUGUGCUGUUAAAAAGACCCCUAAAAGUUAUGGCAAGGAAGGAUCACUUGCUGUUUUAUACUGAUUUACUUGUUGAGAGCAAGCAAGGGCUGACUUGUGUAGUUAUCUAUAUGUAUACACACAAAUGUCAUAUAUACUAUAUACUAUUUCUAUUUUUAAUGGAAAGAAACGUUCUGGUGACAUUCAUAUGGCAUAUUCCAAAGAGCUCUCGACUUUUAGCAUCCGAGACAGUACCUUUUGCCCCUCUCCUCCCCACCCACAGUGCAUUUAUGUGUUGCACUCAAAUCGUGAUAUAUUAGUGUGUGGUUGAAGUGCUUAGUAGUCUGAUUUGAAUAGGUCAAGACUUUGUACAAACUCUCUCCACUGCGUGUACUUUUGACCAGCAUGUGACCAGAAACACGUGUCCAAUGUACACAUUGUUUUUUUUUAUUCAUGCCAUAGACAAACUGAUGCCUUUGUAUGCUCGACUGUUAAAGGGAUCACCUUCUUUAUUGCACAGGGUAAUGUUGACGAAUGAGCUUAACAAGUGAUAAUGUUUCCCGGCCAUAAGGCUUGCAAGCAUUUAGGUGCGAAAUGGCUUUUUAGUUUUGCUUAUUUUAGAUUCUUCACUAGUUCAUCAGGGAGGACAGCCUUCUCUGGCAGUGCAGUACUCACAGUCAUUUGGGUUCCUCUGCACAUUUCAACCAUUCUGUUUUCCAUGGUGUAUAAUGUUCUGCCUUUAUGCUUGGCUAAUUGCUACAAGUACAAGUUUAGUGUGCUGUGGCUGUACAUGCAAAUUGCAUUCCACCGAUAGUGCUUGUUUGUGGUUAUUUUUCAAUGUUAAAGUGUGCAUAGCAAAUUGACUAUCUGCUUGCGCAUCACCACUGGCUUUAAAAUGUGCAUAUCAUUAUUUUUUUGUUAAAGCUACCAAGUAUACUUGUAGCUACUAAACAUUACAUUCAAGCAAGGCACAGUCGAAUUUCCAAGCAGGCCAUUCAAGGGCUGUGGUUCGAGAGAUCAUUGGAGAGUUUAUUUAAAAGCGAUUGGCUUUCUCUUUGGUUGGAGAAUGCCGCCUCUCGGGCAACUGUGUGUGCACUUGUGUUCAGAAAGUCCAGCUAGCUUGAGGAUUGUGUUUUGCAGACCUAGUCUUAUUUUAUUAGGGGAUGUCAUAUUUAUUAAGUUUGAGCUUGUUUGCUUGCUCUGGUAGGCUACAUAAAUAUGUACCACCACUUGCACUUAAAAAGUUUCAUCAAAGCCUAAUAUAUUUUUCCAGAAGUUAUUCACUCUCUUCUUUAUUUAAGCUUGCAAAUUUUGCAGCCAUCCUUUUGCACCAACACCAAAGUGGAUUGGGUGUGUGUUAAAACUAGGCCCUGCAAGUUUUAACGUCCUGGGAGGGAAAACAAGUGACUAGGUUGUAUCUCGGCGUUGGGUUAUGUUUAGAGCUAGUGUUUCCUGCCAUCAUUCCAAAGUGGAAAAUACACUUUGUAAACUCCACAGAGACAACAACGACACCAGUGGUGUAGCUAGUCGUGUUACGAUUUUUAUUUAAUAUAUUUAUGAUAGCUUUUUUCCAGUGAAUUGGGAGGCAUUUGCUAUUGUUACAUUUGCAUGGUUGAUAAUUCCUACAAGCAAAGGUCCACUAGCAGUGCUCUUGACCUACCAUGUAUCACUGUGACAACAGGUCCUCAUUUUCUAUCUGUUUUGUGCACUGUUGAGAAAAGGUUCUACAAGGCAUUUGCCUUGCUGAACACCAUUUUAAAUUGUCAAGUACGAAAACGCUGAAUAUCCAGCACUCUGCCUUAAGUUUUCAUUUCCAGAACACUGUUGACUGAGCAGCGAGAAAAAUGGGAAUGUUGUCAGCUUUGUAGAGGCUUAUGAACCAAGACUGGUCUAACGAAUCUUAAUUAUUUUAGGCACAAAGUCAAAUGGAAAAACAAAAAUUCAAGAGCACCACUUCCUUGAAGGAUUUUUAUGGUUAAGCUUUUUAAGCCACUUGCCUGCAUGAGACCUAGCUGAAAGCUUUACAUUUCGGCCUCUGAAGUUGUGCAACGAAAUUCCUGAAGCAGUUAACAGUCAUGUACAACUCAAGGACUUGUGUAUUCUGCUCCUUCGUACUGGCCAAUUUAAAAUGGCCUGGACUACGCCAAAUGUCCCCUGUCGGAAUCUGGUGGGAUUCGGAAACCCUUCUAACGUCCGAUACAAAAAUAUACCGAUUUGUUUGUGAAAGCACUUGUUACCACCAAUGGUACUUAAAGACAUGUGAGCAUAUAUUGGAACAUUACUCCUGUUAGAAACUCGUGGAUGAUAUCAAUCUUGGAAUGUAUGCUGUGAGGCACAGCAGUUAGUUCCUAUGUACAAAAUCAGUACGUCUGCAAAUGUUUCUGUGACUGUUCUUUCUUCUCUAUGGACGUGUUAUUUCGAUUCUGGAUGUCCGGUUAUUUUUUGAAAAUUCGUUGUUGCAACCAGUUUCGUUUGCCUGUGUGUACUACAGAAGACGCUGUUCACACAAAACGUCUAAAUGUAUCUCAGUUGGUUUUGUUAUUUUCUGCACAUCUUAGAUUUUGUUUUUGUAGUAGCAUAAAUGUACAGAUUUUAUUGUCAUUGUCACCGCACUAUUCAGAGUUCCUUGUUCAUGUCUGAUGUGCACUUUUUGACUUGGUGCAAAAGGCAGAGAGAGUACAAUCACUUCCCGUGGGUUGUGCGUGCAUUAGUCUCUGCGGGACGUGUGGACAUGUGCAUUAUAUUUUGGAAAAGGAAUAUGCAGUCACUCAAAAACGCAAAGCUGUUAAAAUCAAAACAUGUAAGAGGCACCGACUCGGAGCCAAGGUACAAUCGUCGCUGAGGGGUGCUCGCUUCCGGAAGGGUAUCGUGGGUAUUCGGACGUGCGCAGAAAUGUGCACCUGUAAUAGAAUACGUUAAAAAGCAGUGAUCAUGAUCGAGAAUUCAGUGAAGCCAAUCAACCGGAUUUGGAAAUACGGCAAUCACGUAUUUACACUGUUUUGUGUAUUUAUUUAAUUCCAUUUUAUAUACAAAGCAUUUUUGCAUACAGGGUAUUAAAAUCUUUUAUGAGGUGAUGUAAUGCUGAGGUAAUAAAUUACUUCUAGAAGA